AUGGGCGCUUCAGUGCCUCCUACUGUAACCGACGAAGAAUUGGAUCAGCAUGUGGCAGAGUUGAUAUUGAAGGAAGCAAAGACCAAAGCUACAAACUAUUCUAAAGGUUGUAUGCGCGCAUAUAUACCAAAACCCGGAUACACAGACAGUAAUGCUCCUAGAACCAACAAGAGCUUUCUCAACUCCCUCGUCAAAAACGCAAACAUGCACAACAAAGUCGUUCUACAAACCCAGGCAGACGCAGCCGAACAAGUAAAGGAAGUAUACAAAUCCAAAGACUAUUUCCAUAUGGCCUCGAGAGCUCAGAAUCGUAUCCUCUUCGAAAGAAGCCGACACGGCUAG